GCCUGGGGUGGUGGGUGGACACCUGAAUACAAAAUUACAUCUAGAACUCUACAGCCAUCUGUCCUGUAUAGUGCCUGGGGCCUGAUCCCCUGAUCUGGCUUUGGGGCUGAGGCCUGCAGUCUCUUCUCUGUGCUUGUAGAAAUAUCUUCGUGGCUUUGUACCCAGUGCUGCCUCCCCAGCCAGCUAAGCCUGUAGGCCCCACAGGUUGGGGUCUGUCUGCUUCUAUUGUGUGAGUGUCUGGGGACAGGUGGACUGAUAGGACUGGCUUCCUGGUGAAUGGCGUGAGGGGCAUUCAAGUCCUGCAUUUUCCCCCAAGCCACCCCCGAGGAGCUUCCUCGCCAGCUGUGGGGGAGGACUUUUCUCAUCACCGCCUUUCAUAAUUCUAGGAAGGUAGAUUCCAAGAACCCUUGAGUUUUUCAGAUGGAGUAACAGUGCCUGAAACUCAGCCUCUUGUUUCCUCACAUCUUCACACUCAGUCAGCUGCAGGCUCCACAGCAGAAGGGCUCCUGACCUGCACUCAGGAACGACGACGAGAGCAUCGCCAGGGCCAAGUUCAUCAGGAAGCAGAGACAGGAACUGGCCUCCAUGCUCCCAACAGUGGCCUGCAUCCACAGAGGCUUGUUCCGUUCCUGUGCUGGACUCUCUGUGUGCAUGAUCAGCAGGGGGAUAGGCCAAAAGGGCAUCCUGGCCAAUCGGGUGGCCGUGGUCACGGGGUCCACUGAUGGGAUCGGCUUUGCCAUUGCCAGGCGCCUGGCCCGGGACGGGGCCCAUGUGGUGGUCAGCAGCCGGAAGCAGCAGAACGUAGACCGGGCAGUGGCGGCGCUGCAGGGGGAGGGGCUGAGUGUGGUGGGCACCGUGUGCCACGUGGGGAAGGCCGAGGACCGGGAGCGACUGGUGGCCACGGUUGUGGAGCACUGUGGGGGUCUCGACUUCCUGGUGUGCAGUGCAGGUGUCAACCCGCUGGUGGGAAGCACCCUGGGGGCCAGUGAGCAGGUGUGGGACAAGAUCCUGGAAGUGAAUGUGAAGGCCCCGGCCCUGAUGCUGAGCCAGCUGCUGCCCCACAUGGAGAAGAGGGGGAGGGGGGCGGUCAUCCUGGUCUCCUCCGUUUCAGCAUAUGUACCACAUGUGGAGCUGGGUCCCUACAACAUCAGUAAGACGGCCCUGCUGGGCCUCACCAGGACACUGUCAUUGGAGCUGGCCCCCAAGGGCAUCCGGGUGAACUGCCUGGUUCCAGGAAUAAUCAAGACUGACUUCAGCAAAGUGGCAUACAAGAAUGAGGUUUUCUGGAACAACUUCAAGGAAGAUCACAAAGUUCAGAGGAUUGGGCAGCCUGAGGACUGCGCAGGACUUGUGUCCUUCCUGUGCUCUCCAGACGCCAGCUACAUCACCGGCGAAAACAUCGCGGUGGCCGGCUUCUCCUCUCGUCUCUGAUGGAGCUAAGGGGGUCUGGGCCUAGGAGCCUGGGGCUCAUGAAGGUCUGAAGCUCUGCCAGACAAUAAAGCUGGGGGCUUGUUUGUGCCAGGCUCGAGGAAGGACCCCCAGUAUUCUCAUCUGCGUGACUGUUGUUGAUUUAGCUGCUGUGAUUCGACCAACAUGUGGGUUCUUAGUGUGGGGCUGUGGAGCUGACUGAGUUCAUGGGGCUGGCACUUCGGAGGAACCGUAAGGGAAAGGAACAGAGACUCCUCUGGCAGCAGGCCCCUGAUGUAUGCUGGCUUCUUCUCUCUGCCUCUUGUGCUUUAAACAUUUUUUUCCCCAAAUAAACUCAAAUUUAUCCUCGA